UCAAAAUGUAAUUGGAAUUACAUUAAAAUGUGGCAUUAUUUUCGCUAAUCUGAACGAGUACAACGGCAAAAAAUGUCGUGGACUCAUUUGCUUACUAACAACUCUUACAGGUGCUUAAUACUCUAAAACAGUCAAACCUAUACAGAAAUCAUGGAGAUUCUAUUUAAAAAUCUCAAAUUUAAAUACAUUUUUACGUGUAUCUUCGUUACUUUUGUUAUUUCUUGCUUGAUUAGCAUUGCUCCUAUUAGUAUAGAAGAAUGUAAAUGUAAUAAUAAACCAGAAGUAACCAAUGUGAAGGACUCUGCGGCUCGAAGAAAAUUAUUUAAGUAUGAACAUCGUUUAGCCAUACUGGUGCCAUUUAGAGACCGCUUUGAGGAAUUGUUGAUAUUUGCACCACACAUGAAAAAAUUUCUAGAUAAGCAAGACAUUAAUUAUCAUAUAUUUAUAUUGAAUCAGAUUGAUAGGUACAGAUUCAAUAGGGCUUCACUUAUAAAUGUAGGAUUUUUAGAAACACAAAAAGACUUUGACUAUAUAGCUAUGCAUGAUGUUGAUCUCUUACCAAUGAACAGUGAGUUGCAAUACUUUUACCCUGACAAAGGUCCUUUACACAUUUCAUCACCUGGACUUCAUCCCAGAUAUCAUUACCCUACUUUCAUAGGUGGAAUUUUAUUGGUUAAGAGGGAGCAUUUUCUGCAAGUAAAUGGUAUGUCGAAUAAGUAUUGGGGUUGGGGUUUAGAAGAUGAUGAAUUUUAUGUAAGGCUGAAAGAAGCAGGACUUGAUGUUACAAGGCCACCAAAUCUUCUAACUGGAACUACAAGUACUUUCAAACAUGUUCAUGAUAGGAAUUAUCGUAAAAGGGACAUGGUGAAAUGUUUUAAUCAAAGAGAAGUCACAAGAAAGCGUGAUCGUCAGACUGGACUACACAACGUAGCUUACAAACUAGAAAAAUCGAUCAAUGCAACUAUUACCGAUACUCACAUAACUAUUUUAAAUAUUUCCUUGAUGUGUGAUGAGUCUAUUACGCCUUGGUGUGUUUGCGAGUCUGUUAGUAUCGUCAAGGAAAAGAAAGUUAAAACCCGACGGUAAAUUUGAUUGAUUUUAAUCGAUCUAUCGUGUGUUUGUUAUCCUAUUUUUAAAGUGCACGAAGUAGGACUUGAUAUUGUGAACAUUAGCACAUUGUACAGUGAAGAAUGACUAUAGAAGAAGUUUUGUACAGCUUGUAAUUUUUAAUUCAAUAGGAAACCGUUGCAAACAAAUAGAAAGAACAAAAAAUACGUUGCGCAUGUGAUAAAUAGAAUUAAGUAAUUAAAAAAAUAUUGUUUGUAUGGAAAUUGCUAAACAUUUUAUUAAUUUAUUUUAUCAAAAUACAUAAACAGCUGAGCCCAUCUGCAAAAAUGCUCUUAUUUGCAAGA